UCUAAUUAGCGCGCCCAGAAAGUCGUAGCGGGCGGUGCGCAUGAUGUAACCGUAUGACAGCGCGAUCAGCUGAGCGAGCAAGAUGGCGACACGCGGCGCGUCGCCGCGUACAUAAUGCGGUUUUCACGCCAAUACGAUAACAAUAAGAUAUACACUAUCUAUUCUUAUCGCUUACAUGUAAGAACUCGUUAAAUGUCUUGGGAAUAUUUAGCAUUGGCAACUUUUCCUACGUUUUGCGAUCGUGCCUCGCGGAACCGCCAUGACGCACAUAUAACCCACUAUGCAUGUGUGUGUAUAUGCGUGGUAAAUAAGCGAGUUCGCCGCCGUCGUCGUCAUCGUUGUGAUCGCGAAUCCAUCGCGCCGACCCAAAACAUUGAAAGUGAACGAUAGUGUGAUCUCGAUACUGUCAUCGGGUCCAGCCGAGGAUGACGAGACACGCGUCGUGGACGUCGUGCUGCGACGGUGGUUGGUCGCGCGAUCUCACGACGCGCGAGACGACAAUUCAUCCGCAUCAUCAGUUAACCGCGUCUCACCGUCUCGCCGCCGUGAAACUGAGGGAAUAAGAGAGAAAGAGAGAAAGAGUGAGAGAGAGAAGAGAGAGAAGAGAGACCGGAGAGGCGACCCUCGACAGGGGUAGAUUGUGGGUGCUGCGGUACGGAAAAAAAAACACAAAAACGGGCAACGCGAAAGCGCGCCGCCGCCUCGACACCGCCAUGAGGCUGGAGGAGAUGCCGUUGCGGCUGAGCUCCGACGAGCGGGACUUUGAAAUGGACGAUGACGAGACGGACUACCUGCUGCAGCCGUCCGAGGACAGCAUCAGGCAACUGACGUCGAGGCGACGGCGCAUCAAGGAUUGCUCCAAGUACCUGAGAAACUGCCUCUGCGGAUGUUGUACUUGGAUGUGGAGGAGAUGUUGCAGAGAACGAGAAUUAAGAGCCAGGGUUAUCCAUAUAGGGCAACCUAUGCAUGAAAAAUUCCCUACCAAUGUAAUAAGAAAUCAAAAAUACAAUGUUGUUACUUUUUUGCCUAUGGUUCUCUUUCAGCAGUUCAAAUUCUUCUUGAAUUUAUACUUUCUGCUUAUGGCUAUAUCUCAAUUCAUACCAGACAUAAGAAUAGGAUAUUUGUAUACAUACUGGGGACCAUUGUGCUUUGUUUUAACUGUAACAAUUUGCCGCGAAGCUGUCGAUGAUUUUAGAAGAUAUAAAAGAGACAAAGAAGUUAAUGCACAAAAGUAUUAUAGAUUAGUAAAAGGUUUUGAUACACCAGAAUUAGUACCAAGUUCCAAAUUACGAGUAGGUGACUUGGUAAUAGUAGAGAAGGGUCAGAGAGUACCAGCUGAUUUGGUAUUAUUACGCACAACAGAAAAAUCUGGUGCGUGCUUUGUACGAACUGAUCAGCUGGAUGGAGAAACAGAUUGGAAAUUGAGAUUAGCAGUGCCUGCAACGCAAAAAUUAGAAAACAACUCUCAGUUGUUUGAUAUUAAAGCCAGUUUAUAUGUUGAAAAACCUCAAAAGGAUAUACAUAGCUUUAUUGGCACUUUUUCAAGAUACGAUGGUUAUAGCAGUGAAGAAAGCUUGGGUGUGGACAACACAUUAUGGGCUAAUACAGCUGUAGCAUCAGGCUCUGCUCUUGGUAUUGUCGUUUACACUGGUCAAGAAACGCGAUCUUUGAUGAAUCAUUCAGAAAUUAGAUCAAAAGUUGGUUUGCUUGAUCAAGAAAUCAAUCAGUUAACAAAGGUAUUAUUUUGCGCGGUAAUAGGACUCGCACUUGUAAUGAUGUGUUUGAAAGGAUUCAAUGGGCCAUGGUACCGUUACAUGUUUCGUUUUGUCCUGCUAUUUUCUUACAUUAUUCCGAUCAGCUUGAGAGUAAAUUUGGAUAUGGGCAAAGCAUUUUACGCCUGGUGUAUACAAAGAGAUAAGGAUAUUGCUGGUACGGUGGUGAGAACAACCACUAUUCCGGAAGAACUCGGACGCAUAUCAUAUUUGCUGAGUGAUAAAACUGGCACAUUGACACAAAAUAAAAUGGUGUUCAAGAAGUUGCAUUUGGGCACCAUAUCUUAUAGUCAGGAAACGUUCGAUGAAGUGACAUCAGUAUUAAAGACUUAUUAUCCGAUUAAUGCGGAGAAUUCCCCAGUGAAACCAGCAUUGUCCCUGCAUAGCGGAAAAGUACGGAGGUCUGAAAAUACCCGGAUUUACGAUGCCGUGCAUGCUCUAGCAUUAUGUCAUAACGUAACUCCAGUAUAUGAUGAGAUAAACAAAUCUUCGAAUCUGGAUUCAGUGAGUGUGCAAACAGUGGAAACUGGAGAUACAGGUUCUAUUCAAAGUCAAACAGAAGCGGAUCAACAUUACUACCCGGCUGAACAAAAACGUAAUUAUCAAGCGUCCAGUCCGGACGAAGUGGCUUUGGUGAAAUGGACAGAAGAGAUAGGAUUGGCUUUAAUUAAACGAGAUCUGAAUUCGAUGCAGUUAAAGACUUUGAAUGGUCAUAUAUUGAAUUACAUCAUAUUACAAAUAUUCCCUUUUACAUCAGAAACCAAGCGAAUGGGAAUUAUUGUAAAGGAAGAAUCCAGCUCUGAGAUUGUAUUUUACUUGAAAGGUGCUGAUGUUGUAAUGUCCGGUAUUGUACAAUAUAACGAUUGGCUGGAAGAAGUAUGCGAAAAUAUGGCACGCGAGGGUCUCAGAACGUUGGUUGUGGCAAAAAAAAAUUUGACUGAAGAUCAAUAUCUUGAUUUCGAAACAAGGUAUAAUGCGGCAAGAAUGAGCGUUAGCGAUCGUGCAUCAAGAGUGGUCGCGGUGGUAGAGAGUCUCGAAAGAGAAAUGGAAUUGUUAUGUGUAACCGGAGUUGAAGACAGAUUGCAAGAUAGAGUGAGGCCUACAUUGGAGCUCUUGAGGAACGCUGGAAUCAAGAUAUGGAUGUUGACCGGCGACAAGUUAGAAACUGCGACUUGUAUAGCAAAAUCGUCAUGUUUAGUUUCACGCACACAAGGACUGCACGUUUUCAAAUCUGUCGUGACGCGCACUGAUGCCCAUUUGGAGCUGAAUACGUUUCGCAAGAAACAAGAUUGUGCCUUAGUUAUCAGCGGCGAUUCCCUGGAGGUGUGCUUGCAGUAUUAUGAGCAGGAAUUUCUCGAGCUUGCUUGCGGCUCACCCGCUGUCGUUUGCUGCCGAUGCUCUCCCACGCAAAAAGCCGAAGUUGUCAGUCUUAUACAAAGACACACUGGCAAGAGAACGGCGGCCAUCGGUGAUGGUGGUAAUGAUGUCUCCAUGAUACAAGCUGCAGAUGCCGGAAUUGGUCUCGAAGGUCUUGAGGGAAGACAAGCAUCGCUAGCUGCAGAUUUUUCAAUUUCUCAAUUUAAUCACCUUGCUAAUUUAUUAUUAGUCCAUGGUAGAAGAAGUUACAAACGAUCGGCUGCAUUAAGUCAAUUUGUUAUACAUCGUGGUUUGAUAAUUUCAACUAUGCAAGCUGUUUUCUCUGCUGUUUUUUAUUUGUCUUCAGUUGCCUUAUAUCAAGGUUUUCUUAUGGUAGGAUAUGCCACGAUAUAUACAAUGUUUCCCGUCUUUUCCUUGGUAUUAGACAAGGAUGUAUCAGGAAAAGUGGCACUUACCUAUCCAGAACUUUAUAAAGAGCUUAGUAAAGGCCGUUCAUUGUCAUAUAAAACAUUUUUUAUGUGGGUUUUGAUAAGUAUAUAUCAAGGAGGGGUAAUCAUGUAUGGUGCACUUAUAAUGUUCGAGGAUGAGUUCAUUCAUAUAGUAGCCAUCAGUUUUUCGGCGCUAGUUUUGACAGAAUUAAUAAUGGUUGCUUUAACAAUUAGAACUUGGCAUCAUAUAAUGAUACUUGCAGAAAUCUUUUCUCUGGCGCUUUAUUUACUAUCUUUAGUCGUCCUCAAAGAUUAUUUUGAUGCUGAAUUUAUCAAGACAACAGACUUCUUAUGGAAAGUAUUGGUGAUAACGUUAGUUUCUUGCAUGCCACUGUACAUUUUGAAAUUUUUAAGGAAGAAAUUUUCGCCUCCUAGUUACACUAAAUUAUCCUAAAAUUUACGCGAAAGUUGAUCAAUCUAUAUAUAAAUAACAAGAGAGGAUAAAAUCAACUUGAUAUAUUAAUAACAGAAAAAGGACAUACACAAAUUUUC